AUUGCUUUGCGGCCGGCACGGAAAUUGCUUUCCUUUCGGCUUCCGCUCCUGGCCCAUGUGAGAAGCAGAGCUGCUGAGAUAUGAGUGCCGCUCGGGCCGCGGAGAGCCUUCUGGCUGUGAACCAACAUGAUGAAUUAGUGGAUUUGCCAGAAGACUACCCCUUGAGCACCAGUGAAGAUGAGGGUGAUGGUGAUGAAGAGAGAAAGCAUCAAAAGCUUCUGGAAGCAAUCAGUUCCCUUGAUGGAAAGAAUAGGCGGAAACUGGCUGAGAGGUCCGAGGCUAGCCUGAAGGUGUCUGAGUUCAGUGUCAGUGCCGAAGGAUCAGGAGAAAAGCUGGUCCUUUCAGAUCUGCUCCAGCCUGUUAAAACUUCCUCCUCAUUGGCUACCGUGAGAAAGCAGCUGAAGAGAGUCAAGGCAAAGAAGACUGUGGAGGUACCCCUUAACAAAGAAGAGGUUGAACGGAUCCACAGAGAAGUAGCCUUCAAUAAAACCACACAAGUCCUCUCCAAGUGGGAUCCUAUCGUUGAGAAGAACAGGCAAGCAGAGCAGCUGGUUUUUCCCUUGGAGAAGAAGCAGUCAGUCUAUGCUCCCAUCGAACAUGUGCUCAGCGGCUGGAAGGCAAAAACCCCCCUGGAGCAGGAAAUUUUCAACCUCCUCAAUAAGAACAAGCAGCCAGUGACAGACCCUUUACUGACUCCUAUGGAAAAGGCCUCCCUGAAAGCCAUGAGCCUGGAAGAGGCCAAGAUGCGCCGAGCGGAGCUUCAGAGGGCCCGGGCUCUGCAGUCCUACUAUGAGGCUAGGGCUCGAAGAGAGAAGAAAAUCAAAAGCAAAAAGUAUCACAAAGUUGUGAAGAAAGGAAAGGCCAAGAAAGCCCUGAAAGAGUUUGAGCAGCUGCGGAAGAUGAAUCCAGCUGCGGCAUUGGAAGAACUGGAAAAAAUUGAAAAGGCCAGCAUGAUGGAACGAAUGAGCCUUAAGCACCAGAACAGUGGGAAAUGGGCCAAGUCAAAGGCAAUUAUGGCCAAAUAUGACCUGGAGGUAAGAGAAUUAAAAAUGGAACAAUUGGCCAAGAACAAAGAACUGACGCAGAAACUCCAGGUAGCCUCGGAGAGUGAGGGCGAGGAAGGAGGCCCGGAAGAGGAAGAACUCCUUGUCCCCGAUGUAGUGAACGAAGUGCAAAUGAAUGGCGAUGGGCCGAAUCCCUGGAUGCUCAGGAGCUGCACCAGUGAUACAAAAGAGGCAGAAUUCCACGAGGACCCCGAACAACUACCAGAGCCUGUGGCCAGCGAGGCUUCUGAAAGUGAGGGAGAUGAAAGGCCAGUGGCAGAGGAAGAAAUGUUGUUGAAAGAAUUUGAGGAGAGGCGAUCCCUUAGAAAACAGUCUGAGCUCCACCAGGACGCAGAGCUGGUGGGCAGUCAAGAAACAAAAGAUUCUAGCAGCCAGGAGGUGCUAUCUGAAUUGAAGUCACUGUCUAAGAAACUCAACGAGCAAAAACAUAUGGUCAGGAAGCCAAAAGUGAGUUCAGCAGAGACCAUUCUCCAGCUCCAGAAAGAGGCACCUGGCCCAGAAGAAGAGGAGCCCCUGUUGCUGCAGAGGCCAGAGAGAGCACAGACGGUGGAAGAGCUAGAAGAGCUGGGCAAGGAAGGAUGUUCUCUGGAUAAGGAGCUCCCCAGACCUGUGUCAGGAGUGCAGCGGUCAGAGGGGACCCUGAAGAAUCAGCCCAAUGCCCCUAAGAAGAAAAAGGAACACAUGAUUGAUCUACAGAACCUCCUCACCACAAAAUCUCCUUCUGUGAAGUCUUUGGCAAUUCCCACAACAAUAGAGGAGUCGGAAGAUGAAGAGGAGAGAAACCAAAAGCAGAUGAUAAAGGAAGCUUUUGCUGGAGAUGAUGUCCUCAGAGACUUCUUGAAAGAAAAGAGGGAAGCUGUGGAAGCGAGUAAGCCAAAGGACGCCAGGGACCGGGACCUGACGCUGCCUGGCUGGGGCGAGUGGGGUGGCGUGGGCCUGAAGCCCAGUGCCAGGAAAAGACGCCGGUUUCUCAUUAAAGCCCCUGAGGGUCCUCCACGAAAAGACAGGAACCUGCCCAAUGUGAUUAUCAAUGAGAAGCGCAAUAUCCACGCAGCAGCUCAUCAGGUGCGAGUGCUUCCGUAUCCAUUCACCCACCAUCAGCAAUUCGAAAGGACCAUGCAGACCCCUAUAGGAACCACAUGGAACACCCAGAGAGCCUUCCAAAAGCUGACUACUCCCAAGGUUGUCACCAAGCCAGGCCAUAUCAUUAAGCCCAUAAAAGCAGAGGAUGUGGGCUACCGGUCUUCCUCAAGGUCGGACCUCUCUAUCGUACAGAGGAUGCCAAAACAGCUCUCCCUGCGUCACAAAAAACAGCUGAAGAAAAACUCCAUAGAAUAAGUUGCUGGAGGAGUGACGUCUGGAUGUCCAGGACUAGAGCGCUCAGUGCGCCCUCUUUGGCCUACUCUUACGCUGUGCCACAGGAUCAAUUUUCAAACCAGCUGAGCACGCUGUAGGGUAUGCCACAUUUUAACAAUAAAGGAAUUUUUUAAUCUA